GCUGCGGACCUGGGCGAGACGGCGGCCACGGAGGGGGUCGGGGAGCCUGCGCAGGGCGGCGAGCCUGGUCAACCCGAGCAGCCUCCGCCACAGCCUCAUCCCCCGCCGCCCCAUCCGCCACAGGAGGACGAGAUGGCUGCUGAGGCCGCGGAAGCCGUGGCGUCACCUAUGGACGACGGCUUCCUGAGGCUGAACUCGCCCACCUACGUCCUGUACAGGGACAGAGCAGAGUGGGCUGAUAUAGAUCCAGUGCCACAGAACGAUGGUCCCAAUCCAGUGGUGCAGGUCAUCUAUAGUGAAAAAUUCCGAGAUGUUUAUGAUUAUUUCCAAGCUGUUCUGCAGCGGGAUGAAAGAAGUGAGCGAGCCUUGCAGCUCACUCGGGAUGCCAUUGAGUUAAACGCAGCCAAUUACACAGUGUGGCAUUUCUGGAGAGUUCUCUUGCGGUCCCUUCAAAAGGAUCUACAUGAAGAAAUGAACUACAUCACUACAAUAAUUGAGGAACAGCCCCAAAACUAUCAAGUUUGGCACCAUAGGCGAGUAUUAGUGGAAUGGCUGAAAGAUCCAUCUCAGGAGCUUGAAUUUAUUGCUGAUAUUCUUAAUCAGGAUGCAAAGAAUUACCAUGCCUGGCAGCACCGACAGUGGGUCAUUCAGGAAUUUAGACUUUGGGAUAAUGAAUUGCAAUAUGUAGACCAACUGCUCAAGGAGGAUGUGAAAAAUAAUUCGGCAUGGAACCAAAGAUACUUUGUCAUUUCUAACACUACUGGAUACAGUGGUCAUGCUGUAUUGGAGAGAGAAGUCCAGUACAGUCUGCAAAUGAUAAAACUUGUACCACAUAAUGAAAGUGCAUGGAAUUACUUGAAAGGGAUUUUGCAGGAUCGUGGUCUUUCCAAAUACCCCAACUUACUAAGUCAAUUACUUGAUUUACAACCCAGUCAUAGUUCCCCCUAUCUAAUUGCCUUUCUUGUGGAUGUCAAUGAAGAUAUGCUGGAAAACCAGUGCGACAACAAGGAAGACAUUCUUAAUAAAGCAUUAGAGUUAUGUGAAAUCCUAGCUAAAGAAAAGGAUACCAUAAGAAAGGAAUAUUGGAGAUAUAUUGGAAGAUCCCUUCAAAGCAAACACAGAGAAAGUGACCUACCAACAAACUCACAGCAAUAACACCAUCCGGAAGAACUCAAUGGAAUGCUUUUAUUUUUUUAAGGGACUCUAAGCAAGAGUUUAAAGCUAAAGUGAGCAUUCCCUUACCUGUGGUGUAAAAGAUGAAUCACACAGGUGUUGCUUUUUAACAAGAACUAAGUGUGAUGUUCCUUGGGUGCUGCUGCUAUUCAGACUUGCUCUGAGAAAUUUGGUUCUUUUAAAGCAAAGUAAUUGG